UGAUCAACCUCACGCUUUAACGUUCCGGCUACUGAUUGUUCUGUAGUUUAAAUCUUUCGUGCACCGGACACACCGGCGCUUUCUUCUCAUGCUUUAUAUUCUCUCUCCUGUUGGUUUAAUUCCCAAUUAUCUCACUCUCUCUUCUUUAGCAAUAAUUGUUUCUCUAUCUGGAGAAAAUGCAGAACGAGAAUGUGUCAUUUGACGCCCUCACCACCACCACCACCUCCGCCGCCGCUUCGGCUCCGCUGUACUUCUCUCGGAGCAAUCCGUUUCUGUCCCCUACUUCGCCGUCUUACCUGAACUCCAGUGCCUCCUUUUACUCGUCGCUCUUUCAGAACUACUCGCCUAACUCUAUCUCCGACACCGCCUCCUUCGACGGUGGUGACACCGAGCGCCGACUUCAUGAUGCCAGCUGCAUCCUCGAGUACCAGCAGCUCUACAACCGUUACACACUUUGCCUCUCGCAGCUUCACGAUUCCAUCGAGGAGGUUGACGCUCUCCGCCGCGAAAAUGACUCUCUCCGCGUCUCAAAUGCCGACCUGUCGCACCGCGUGGCCUUGCUCUUCUCCCGCGAUCGACUUCUCUCAGAAUUCAACCGUCUUAAUAUCGCUUCUCCCUCCUCUGCCGUUCCGCUUCCCGUUCAUGUGGCCUCUCCUCAACCUCUUAUUGAACACAAUCGCGUUGAGCGGAUCAAUACUGAGAGAGUCUCACUUCCAAAGAGCAUUUCGGUGCGUUCAAGAGGUUAUCUGAAGAUGACUCGCCCUGGUCGGGACACAUCUCGCCAUAAAACAGUGAGUGAACCGUGUCCUGCAUCGCAAAGAGUGUGUAUACCCGGGGCCAAAAAGGAAGAAGAAGCGCUGGAAUUCGACGUGUACAACCAAGGGAUGUUUAAAACGGAGCUAUGCAACAAGUGGCAAGAGACUGGUACAUGUCCAUACGGGGAGAACUGCCAGUUUGCACACGGAAUCAAGGAGCUGCGACCGGUGAUCAGGCAUCCACGCUACAAGACCGAGGUGUGCCGCAUGGUGCUCGCCGGAGACAUCUGCCCAUAUGGUCACCGCUGCCACUUCCGCCACUCUCUCACUGAGCAGGAGCGGCUCCUGGCAGUCCCAUCACCAGCACCACCAGGUUGAUCAAUAUUGACGAAGUAAUAUGAGCUGUCGUUCGGGUUUUAGUUUUGGAAUUAAACUGGAAUGUGUAUAGUGCUUGAUCAUUGUAUGCUAUUUUCUUGCAUGAUUUUUCACAUGAAUAUUGGUUAGUUUAGUUUCUGAAGUGUAGAUAAUAAAAAUCAAUGGAAUUGGGAAAAUUUUUAUUGAUGAGAAAGUUACAUUCACUGUUGUUGAAAUCAAUAU